CUUGAUUCCGUCAUCUUUCCACCAAUGAAUCCCUACUCCGAGGAAAGACUCACCGAAGAGGUUCUCUAUCUUCACUCUCUGUGGCGGCGAGGUCCGCCGAGGGGCCCUAAGCCCACUCGCUAUUAUUUAUCCACCGCCGUCGCCGCUGCUACGAAUAAGAGACCCAGAGACACAAAGAAUCGAAAGCAAAAGAAGAAGAAGCCACGCCUCGAGCCAUUACAAGACACCGGCCCCGAAUGGCCCUGCCCGGAGCCAGUGCAAAAUCAGCCCUCGACGUCAUCUGGGUGGCCGCCAAUGCCCUGUGCUACUCCGGCGGCUCGGCUGGUGUCGUCUGAAGAGCGAGCAAAUCGUGUGGCGUUGCAAUUGCAGUACAAGGGUAUCGAGGCUUGCCGGAGAUUUCUCAUUAGAAAUGCCGAUUCAGGGAGUGAUGAAGAGGUGGAGGAGGAAGAGGGGAAUGAUGGGGAGAUUAUGGAAAGUGAAGAGUACAAAUUCUUUUUGAAUCUGUUUAUGGAGAAUGAUGAACUUAGGGGCUAUUACGAGAAGAAUUCUGAAGAUGGGUUGUUUUGUUGCUUGGUUUGUGAUGGAAUGGGGAAGAAGAAAUCUGGGAAAAGGUUUAAGAACUGCAUUGGGCUUGUUCAUCAUUCGAAUUCGAUAUCUAGAACGAAGAAGAAGGUGGCUCAUAGGGCUUUUGGACAGGCCGUAUGCAGGGUUUUUGGUUGGGAUAUUGAUCGACUUCCAACCAUUGUGUUGAAUGGCGAGCCUCUCAGUCGAUCAUUAGCCAAUUCUGGAGAUUUCAAGGAUCAGCCAGAGGAAAAUCAGGUGGCUGAAGAACAUGAUUCUUGGGUUCAUAAUGAAAAUGUAGCCAUUUUGAAUGAUGAAAUUGAUAUGAAGAAUGAACAGAAAUGGGAGGAAGAAAAGACAGCUGAAGAUUUGAUUUCUGGCGAGGUACCCGAGUCGAUUAUGGAAGCAUGUGAAGAAUUUUUUGCUGCCUCCUUGACAUCUAUGGCUGACGACGAUGUUAGUGAAAACAACGCAAUCGAGGAACGCGAAGAGUUCAAAUUCUUUUUAAAGCUGUUCAUUGAGAAUGAAAGCUUGAGAAGAUAUUACAAGAACAAGUAUGAUGAUGGAGAAUUUUCGUGUUUAGUUUGUGAAGGAGCGGGAAAGAAAACGUUGAGGAGUUUUAAGACGUGCGUUCGCCUUCUCCGACAUACAACUUAUCCUGGGAAGAACAAAACAGGGAAAAAACGGGUUAAGCCUCACAUUGCUAAGAUGUUGAAAGUAAAGAUGCUGGCUCAUAGAGCAUAUAGUUUAGUUAUAUGCCAGGUUCUUGGUUGGGACAUAGAAAAGCUUCCUGCAAUCGUGUUAAAAGGCGAAGGCCAUGGUUGUUCGUUAAAGAAGCUAGACGUGUUGAAAGACGACCCGGUUGGCAAUGCAGGUGAUAAUACGAACGAAGUAGAUGAUCCUGUGAGAGAUGACUCUACUGAGAUCGACUAAGUUCACAACCAAUCCGUCGGUGCAGUCAGGAUGAUACCGGAGAAGAUGACUCGAAAAAGGUUUUGGCUCAGCCCCAAGCUCGUUAUAACCAAGUCGGUCUCUAAUGGCGACGGAAGAUGAGAGGAGCAGGGCAAGGAUGAUUCACA